AUGCGUUUCACUGCUGCUUCCAUUGCCUUCUUCGCCGGCCUUGCCGCUGCUCUCCCCAACGGUGCCGUUGAGACCGUCUACGAGACCCAGGACGUUACCAUCACCUCCUGCGCUCCCACCGUCACCAACUGCCCUGCUCGUUCCACCUCCACCCCUGAGGGUGCUGAGGCCGUGACCACUCCCGCCGCUGUCCCCACCACUGCCAGCGUUGCCCCCACCGAGUCUGCUCCCGCUGAGACUCCCUCGGCCCCCAGCGGUGCCGACGCUCACUCCAGCAGCAGCAGCAGCAGCCUUCCCGUCAUCCCUGCUCCCUCCAACACUGCUCCUGUUGUUCCUCCUGUCGCUUCCAGCGUCUCCGUCAUUGCUGUGACCACCUGCGUGCCCACCGUCACCUACUCCACCAUCACCGUCCCUGUCGCUACUCCUAGCGGCCCUGCCGGUGCUGGUGCCUACUCUUCCGUCCCCGUCAUCCCCUCUGCUGCUACCGGCACCCCUGUCGCUAGCGCUACUCCUUCCGGUUCUAUUCCUCCUGGUGGUCUCUCCACUGGCGCUGCCAGCACCCUCAGCAACUCUUUCAUCUUCGCUGGUGCUGCCGCCGCUGCCGCUUUCUUCCUGGCUUAG